UCUGACGUCUUUCAGAGCUUAAAGGUGAUUCAUUUAUUAUUUCUACAUGAUUUUUUGAAGUAAUUAGCAGCUUUUUCAUAUGUGUUUUAGAUUUUAGGAGAUAGAUAUCACUUGUCUAACUACUGUGGAUUCCCAAUGUUUUGUAGUUAGUAUUAACUUAUGUUGCCGUUGUAGUACUACAAGAAAGGGAUUCUGAUUUGUGAAAACUGAAAAGGAACGUACAAGGUCCAAAUUGUAUGCUGAUUAGUUGUGAAAAUCACUGUAUUUGUGAAAAUAGGAAUGUAAAAGGCUCAUGUUAACUGCUGAAUGGUUAUGUAAGUUUCGGUUAUGAAAUUUCUAGAAUUAUAUGAUUGCCCCUAUCGGGUUUGCUAGUUGAAGCCGUAACAUCAACUCUGAAUUGACGUCUGAAUUGCUGUAUUUUUCACUAUGGAUAUGAAGUUAGAUGGAAUCGAGGGUUCCUUGGUUUUGAUUAAGCAAGGUGCUGAGGCUAGAGUGUUUGAGUCAACUUUUGUUGGAAGAAGAUCUAUUAUUAAGGAACGGUUUUCAAAAAAGUAUCGGCAUCCAUUGUUGGACUCGAAGUUGACUCUCAAACGUCUUAAUGCGGAAGCUCGGUGUUUGACAAAAGCUAGAAAGCUUGGGGUUUCGACUCCGGCACUCUAUGCUGUUGAUACUUUGCUAAAUGCUCUUACAUUUGAGUAUGUCGAAGGUCCUGCUGUGAAAGACAUAUUGCUUGACUUUGGCUCACAUGGUAUUGUUGAAGAACGGUUAGAUGAUAUUGCAACACAAAUUGGUGACACCAUUGGGAAACUACAUGAUGGUGGUCUGAUCCAUGGUGAUUUGACAACAUCAAACAUGUUAGUCCGUAGUGGUACCAAUAAGCUGACACUCAUCGAUUUUGGUCUAAGCUUCACCUCGACGCUCCCAGAAGAUAAAGCUGUUGAUCUUUAUGUUCUUGAACGAGCACUGCUAUCUAUGCACUCUUCAUGCGGAAAUGUGAUGGACCGAAUCCUCGCAGCAUACAGGAAAUCCUCAAAGCAGUGGUCGUCAACCUUGAACAAGCUAGCUCAAGUACGACAGAGAGGAAGAAAGCGCACAAUGAUUGGGUGAGCUCUUUGACCGUCUCUUGACCAGUGGUAUCAUAAAUCUUAGGUUAGAGGAAUCGGUGAAGCUAUUUGGGAUUGCAUUAUUAGCGUUGAUACUAAUGCUUUGCAACUUGAUGGUCGAACCUAAAGGCAAAGCCCCGCCUGUGUACUGCAUUAUGAAUUAGUUUGGGUUAGACUUUAUAGCAUUUGUGGGCUCAAUCUAAGGCGACAUUGUUGUUGUUAUUCUAUCUUAUCCUUCAUCUGCUUCUUGCUUAUCAAGAUGAGCUUCCAACAUUUAUCCAUCUAUAUAGUUGGUUGAAUUCAAUUA